GAUCGCCUCUCCUCUCCUCUCCUCUCCAUCACCACCCCGCUCCGCACCCAUCAAACCCUCGCGCCGGCAGGCGCGAUGCCGUCCUCUGCCGCGGCGGCGCGGCUGCGGGAGCUGGCGCCGGCGCCAGGGGCGGAGCUCGACGCCCCCGGCGCGGCCGCGCUCGCCGAGUGCUGCGUGGGCCUCCUCCGCACCGGCGGCGGCGGCGGCGACACCGAGGCCACGCGCGAGGCGCUCGAGGCGCUUUGCGCCGCGGGCGGAGGGGAGGCGAUGCGGGGCCACGCCGAUGGGCUCGCGCCGCUGGUCGUGGCGCGGCUUGGGGACGGCGACGCGGCCGUGCGGGAGGCCGCUAGGAGGUUCCUCGUCCUACUCAUGGAGAUGAAGGAGAUGAAUGCAAGAACGGAAAGCACACAUCCAAAUUCUUGCAUGUCAGACACAGAUGAUCAACACGUUCAUUGUGCGACAAUCAAGAUGGAAUUUUCUGAUACCAGUCAAGUAAGGAAAAGUUCCAAAGAAAAGAUCAGCACGAGAGAUAUCUCACUUCUUGCAGGAGAAGGAGACAUUACAAGGAAAUUAAUUGAACCUAUAAAGGUUUUCUCUGAGAAGGACCUACUAAGGGAAAUAGAAAAAGUAGUAUCUACUUUGCAGCCAGACAAUGAGUGGUCAAUCCGGAUAACUGCAAUGCAAAGAGUGGAAGGCUUAGUGCUUGGAGGUGCUGCAGACUAUUCAGCCUUUCCCAUGCUCCUAAAACAGCUUGUGACCCCUCUAAUAACUCAGCUUCUGGAUAGGAGAUCAAGCGUUGUGAAACAGGCAUGUCAUUUACUAAACUUCCUAUCGAAAGAGCUACUACGUGACUUUGAACCAUACGCAGAGCUGCUUAUUCCGGUCCUCCUUAAGAACGUCGUAAUCACCAUUCUUGUAAUUGCUGAGUCUGCUGAUAACUGUAUAAAAGAGAUGCUAAGGAACUGUAAGGUAGCUCGUAUACUACCAAGGAUUAUUGAAUUUGCAAAGAAUGAUAGAAGUGCUGUUCUUCGUGCCAGGUGCUGCGAAUAUGCAAUACUAAUGCUAGAGUACUGGGUUGAUACUCCAGAAAUACAGAGAUCAGCUGAUGCGUACGAAGAUCUAAUCAAAUAUUGUAUAGCAGAUGCAACUAGCGAGGUUCGAUCAAGCGCUAGGGCAUGCUACAGGAUGUUCUCAAGGAUAUGGCCUGAGCGUUCACGCCAGUUGUACUCGUCUUUUGAACCAUCCAGACAGAAAAUGAUAAAUGAUGAAGAUGCUGAGACACAUCAAAGGCAUCUUCCUCCAGUAGAAAGUGUUAAACUAAGUCAACCUCAACUUAGUUCUUGCACUCCUGCUGUAAUGGACAAAGUUGUUAAGGUUGAUUCUGAGACAUCAUUUUCUUCUGGAGACCUGCAACCAUCACAAAGACUAUACCACCAGUAUGAUGAUAUGGCCUCAAAAGCGCAAGAUCAAAGCAGUAAGGAUGACACUUUGGCUAUUGGAAGUUCUUUUGAAGAUAAGACCACACUGGGAAAGGAAGAAAACACAAACAGAGAUACUGGUAAAUGCGAUUCAGACAAAAGUGCAGGUGUCAAUUCAUCAUCUUGUGACCUGCCAUCUGCUGCUCCAAUUGCAACGGGGGCACCUUCAGAGAUGCCAUUAACUGAAGCAGAUGUUGUAACAAUUGUUCAAGAUAAGGUUGAAUGUGUUCCAAAUGCUGAACAGAUAACUCCUCAGCAAGUUCAAGGAUCAGAAGAUCCUUCUGAGUUGACGAGCUUGUCACCUGCCGUUAACUUGAGAGGAUCAGGGAACUUGCUAAAACAAAAUCCUAUUGAAGAAAGCUCUGAUGCCGGAUCAGGUGGAAAACUAGGUCCUCAGCAGGAGAGGAAGCACUGUUUUAGCACUCCUAAGAAGAGUGCUGUUUCUAAGGAGCCACGUAAUAGUUACACUCCUAACUUUCGGCGACCUCUCUUGAGUAAGCAGAUGACAAAUUGGUUUUAUGCCAGUACCAAAAGUGAUUUAGAUGAGAAGAAACUCAUUUUGGGUGAAAUGAUAAGCAACAUGGAUCUGCCCUCAUCUCUCACAGAGGCACUCUCUUUAGGUCUUAACCCAAGGUCAGAUUGGAUGAUGAAGGUAUAUGCACUUGAUUUCUUAAAGCAGUGUUUGCUAGAACGUGGACCAAAAGGCAUUCAGGAGGUUGCACAAAAUUUUGAGAAGGUUAUGAGGCUUGUUUGUCGGUAUCUUGAUGAUCCCCAUCACAAAGUGGCACAGGCUGCUCUCUCAUCACUAGCUGAGAUCAUGCCGGCUUUCAAGAAGCCUUUUGAACAUUAUCUCGACAAGACACUGCCCCAUAUUUUCUCUCGUUUAAAUGAUCCAAAGGAAUCAAUUAAGCAGCAGUGCUUGGCAAUUUUGAAACAUGCAAGUGAAAUUUAUUUCAUUGAUUCUCUCUUACCCGCCUUACUUCGUUCACUCGAUGAGCAGAAAUCUCCCAAGUCAAAACUGGCAGUUCUCGAGUUUGCAAAUGCCUCUUUUGUAAAAUGCACAAUCAAUUCUGAAAGCUAUUCUAGCAGCAGUUUCCUUAAGCCAUGGUUUGGAAAACUUGCCCUUUUGUUUAAGGAUAAAAGCAAAAAACUGAAGGAGGUUGUGGUGGUUGGUUUCUCAUCAAUUUAUUCCCAUUAUGAUCCUGCAUCAAUGUUAAGCUUUUUGGUCAGCAUGUCAAUGGAAGAACAGAAGCGGCUAAUACGGGCAAUGAAGCAACUAAUACCAAAGAUAGAAAGUGAUAUAGAAGAGUUCUUGCAGCAAAGGAGACAUAAGCAAAGGGCUCCAUCUUUUGACAUCUUUACUGCUAAAUCACCACUUCAUCCUGCAUCUCAAUCUGCUAAAUCACCACUCCAUCCUGCAUAUCGAUCUGCUAAAUCACCACUUCGUCACACGUAUCAAUAUGCUAAAUCUCCGAUACAUCCCACAUACCGAUCUGCUAAAUCACCGAUGCAUCCAGCACAUCAAUCUAAUUCUGUUAAGACUGAUGAUUGUUUCAGUUCUGCACUUCAGUGUCUCCCAAAUAUUUCUUUGGAAGCCCAGGAGUGCUGUUCUGAGAGGAUUGAGUUUGAAUCCAGUAACAAAUCUUAUGAUCACAAAGCUGAAAUGAUGGACAAGAAGUCCAGUACCCUGAGGCCAAGGAACAGUCUCCCGAGAAGAAUUGACUUCAGUGUGAUAUCAGAUAACAUAGUUCAAAGUGCAAGGAGAGACAGUCAGACUAUGAAGAUGUUUGAUGAACCAAAUGCAAGUGAACUGAGCAUAAAUAUCAGAAAUCACGAAGUCACAGGGAAUGGCUGCCAGGAUCAUAAGGAUACUGUAAGGCAACCAGAAGAAGUUUCAGAGAUGAAUGGACAUUGUGUGCCCACCAAGAAUUUACACCAGAUGUCUUCUUCCCUUCUUGAGAUGCUUGAUGAUCCAGAUGUGCCCACAAGGGAGCUUGCACUUUCUCUAUUGGUUGAAAUUCUUGAAAAACACAGGAAGGCAAUGGAGAGUUGCGUGGAAAUUCUCAUAGUUAAAUUGCUGCAUGCAACCAAAGAUGCGGCCUUGAAGGUUGUAAAUCAGGCCCAUAUCUGCUUGACAACUGUGGUCACUCAGUUUGACCCACUGCGAUGCCUUGGGGCCAUUUCUUCUCAGUUGGCCUGCCAAGAUGAGAAAAUUCUUAUUAUCAGCAUCAAUAGUUUGAGCAAGCUUGUGAUUCGAUUGUCACAGGAAAACCUCAUGGCUCAUCUGUCAACAUUUCUUCCUGCACUUCUGGAUGCAUUUGAAAACCACAGCCCAUAUGUCCGCAAGGCAGUGAUGGUGUGCGUGGUGGACACAUACCUGAAGCUGGGGCCGUCGCUGCUGCCGUAUCUGGAGGGCCUGGACAGCGCGCAGCUGCAGCUCGUAACCACCUACGCCAGCCGGCUGUCCCAGCCAAGAUUCAUUGCAGCGGACGGCUGAUGCAGUGGAGUGGAGGAUGUCUCGCGGCACGGGCAGGGUACCACUCGCCCCUACCCUCCUCAUAACGCCCAUGACCGGACCAGAAGGAGGAGAAGAAUACUCUAUACUCGUAGCAAGGAAGGAGGGCCUGUUUGCUGGGCUCCCAAUUUAUGAGGAUAGAUUGCAGCAAUAAUUCCCCUGCUUCCGGAUGGAAAGUGCAGGGAGUACUAGCACUGUGCAGAGUAAAGGUGGCGUCUGUUUUUUCCCUUCCCCGUGGCUGUUGUGAUUUAAAAGAGGAAAUAAAGGGUGUGCAGUUUGACAGUUUC